CGUCAGCGGUGCGCUGCUUUUGGAGGGCUUGUGAGAGGAAGCUGAGCUGCACUGCACACAUAGCGGGCCGGGCGCGUGCACGUCAGUCCAACUCAUCUCAUCAACGCCGUUCAGCUUCACGAUAUUUGAUCGUAACAAGAUGCCCCUGGGUGAAGAUGGACACUUGUGGAAGAAAAAGACAUCCGACAUCAAGGAGAUCUACGACUUCAAGGAGGUUCUGGGGACAGGUGCCUUCUCUGAGGUCGUCCUAGCCGAGGAAAAGAAAACCUCAAAGUUGGUGGCGAUAAAGUGUAUUCCGAAGAAAGCGCUGGAAGGGAAAGAGAACAGCAUUGAGAAUGAAAUCGCCGUUCUUCACAAGAUUAAACACGCCAACAUUGUUUCACUGGAGGACAUCUACGAGAACACAUCGUACCUCUACCUCGUCAUGCAGCUGGUGUCUGGCGGCGAGCUCUUUGACAGGAUUGUUGAAAAAGGUUUUUACACGGAGAAAGACGCCAGCAAGCUCAUCCAGCAGAUCCUGGACGCCGUGAAGUAUCUCCAUGACAUGGGCAUAGUGCAUCGAGACUUGAAGCCAGAGAACCUGCUAUAUUACAGCAUAGACGAGGACUCCAAGAUCAUGAUCAGCGAUUUUGGCUUGUCCAAAAUCGAGGGCUCGGGUAUAGUCAUGAGCACGGCAUGCGGCACUCCUGGAUAUGUCGCUCCAGAGGUUUUGGCCCAGAAGCCAUACAGUAAAGCAGUGGACUGCUGGUCCAUCGGUGUCAUCGCGUACAUACUCUUGUGCGGCUAUCCGCCAUUUUACGACGAGAACGACGCCAAGCUGUUCGAGCAGAUCCUGAAAGCCGAAUAUGAGUUUGACUCUCCGUACUGGGAUGACAUCUCUGAUUCAGCUAAGGACUUCAUCGUACAUCUGAUGGAGAGAGACCCGAAACGGCGCUACACGUGUGAGCAAGCACUGCAGCAUCCAUGGAUUGCUGGAGAUACAGCACUGGACAAGAACAUCCAUGAGUCUGUGAGUGCUCAGAUCAAGAAGAACUUCGCCAAGAGCAAAUGGAAGCAAGCGUUUAAUGCCACAGCAGUGGUCCGGCACAUGCGUCGCCUCCAACUGGGCACCAGUCAAGAGGGGCAGAGUCAGCUGUCGCCCCACAGCCCCUGUGGCGAGCGCCUCCUAGUGCCUGAGGGAACUGAGGAGGAAGAGGACGAGCAAAGCACCUCUCAGAGGGACAAUAACGGCUGCUCCGAAAGAGCUGGCGAAGGGGAUGGGCGUGACGGCAUCCAGAACUGCGCCUUCCACGUCCACCCGACCAGCCGGGUCUGAGCCCGUCAAUCAUCCUGCUGCAACCAAUGACUUGACUGUCCCAUGUUUCUACUGGAGUCCUGCCACACCCCCAGUCUGGCCAGGAAUACUGAGUAACUCCAGCGCUUGGCCACUAGGUGGCGCCGCAGUGUAAACAAUUUGAGGUGGGAAAAGGGGGUCGCUAUGCCAACAGAGGGAUUCUGUUUACAGAGAGGUGAGCUCUGCGAGAGGAAGGGAACGGAGAGAGAUAUGCAUGCCGCAGUUGCAUUAUGGGUAACGGCCUGAGAUUAGACUGAGAUUGUUUUAUCUUCUGUUUUACAAACUACAUGAUGUUUCAUCUUUAUGUCUUGGAAAAGUGGCUUUAGGUGUUUUUUCAUUGUAAAAUGGGUCCUCAGAACUUUUUCAAGCCUGCACACUAAAUACAGCUUCAUGUGUGACCAACACACACACACACACACAAACACAUAUGUACGUAAUGCAGCAUAUUAAUGCUGUACUGUACCUAAAUCCAACCUGAACCUCUGCAACCAAAAUCCUUUUUAUUUUUCUUUAAUAAAUCUGCUAAAUAUCCCCACAAACUCUAAACUCCUCUUCUUGUGGGGACAUUUGGAGUAUAAAAUAAUUUCUUGAUGAAGCUGAAAUUCCCACUAGGCCAUGAUCAUAUAUAGAAGCAUAUAUUACUAACACACACACCCACACUUGGUCUAAUUGUACUUGUACUCAUUGUGUCCAUAUUUGACUUUAUGUAUAAUCGUGCUGCAACACACCAAGUCUGCGUCAUUGUUUCGUGGUUUUUUUUCAUUACGCAUCAGACACAGUCUUCAGUGCCUUCGUGGAUGCAGUUGUUCGGGUUAUUAAUGCCUCAUUUUUAACUCCAUUCAUUGCCAUUAUGAUCUGUCUGGGUGUCGGAUGCUUUAAAUGUAAACACUGCAGCAGGGCCCUGUGUGUGUGUGUGUGUUCUGCUUUUAUACAUUUAACGUCUAUUACCAUUCAUGUAAACGUUUUUAUAUAAGUCUGUUUCUUUUACUGAUGGUUUUACUCAGGGGAUGACGGUGUGUUAAAGAUUCUGGGGUUUUAAAUAAAUGCUACAGGAUUUAUUAUCUGACCGAUAAAUCGAUUAUAGAAUUAGUGUGGUGGCCUGGGGAAAACCUGAUGUCGUGGCUUUACUAAAACGUCCUGCAAAGAUAAAGAACAAAAGCAUUCGGUUUACCUAUUGAUGUGUAAGAGCUGUUGCCUCCUACACGCUUUAAUCAAAUUCUACAUCAUCUGAAUUAAUCAGCUGUUAAAAUGCUCCUGCGCCAGACCCUAUAACUGCUCUAACUUUUCUUCUGACUGAGAUUAGGGUCGUUAAAGUGUCACGGUUUCACGUUCACACAGUUAAUCGCAUUAUUUUACAUCUACACCCUCAAUCAUACUUCUGUUUCUCUGCCACUCUUUCUUUCUCUCAGCUUAUACCAACAACAUGAUACUUAAAAUGGUGUCUAACUCAUUUUUUUGUGUUUAUUUUUAUUAAAAGUCCAUCGAUAGUGUGAAACCAUGAUAUUUUUUUUCCUACACCAUGAACCCUCCUAAUCCCUAACCCUAUCAGGGAAGUUUUCAGAGCUAUAUAUAGUCGAAAAUCUGAACAUUUCUUUAUCCCAGGCUGCCACACGUAUAUAUAUUUAGACAGAGGAAACGAUUUUUUUCCCUUGACAUGGGGGUCCGUUGUAAUAUGCACCACUGAACCUAUACAAAAAAAAGAAAAGAAAGAAAGGCAUUAAAGAAAUUUUAUCGUACCUCAUGUGUCCCAUUUGAUUUGUUUCCAUACACCAUUUUUUGUACAUUUUUGUGACAUCUCACAGUGUACUGGACUUUUUUUUUUUUUUUGCUCUGUUUUGCAUUAUUCUAUCCUCUUACUUUCUGUGCCACAUGAGAUCAUAUUCUAUUUCAAUUACAGUUUAUGAAAUUCAACUGAGAUGCAAAACUAAACUAAUAAAAACCACAAGGUCUAUAUCUGGAACAAAGGAACAACAGGGAGUACUCUGUCUUUCAAUCAUUCUCUUUUUUUUGUUAAUUAGAAUUAAUUUCAUGCAUCAUGCUCAUUUUGGAAACGUCUGCCAUUCAGAUGUCCAACCACAUGCUCCAUUUCCAUUUUGAAUCAGAGCCAUGACCUUGGCUCUUUAUUCUGGGUCAGACUGGGUCCACUAGAACCUCUCUGCAUGUAUCCACAAGUGAAAUAUAUAAAUAUAAAUAUAUAUAUAUAUAUAUAUAUAUAUAUAUAUAUAUAUAU